AUGGUGGCCGCUGAAUCGCCCACGCAGUUGCAGUUCUUUGACUACUUGUCGAGCCUCCAUGCCACUGACGCUCAGAUAAUCCUCUCAGGAUGGAAUGUGAGCGCAACUUCUAUGGAGGACUAUGCUGCUACUGUGAUCGAGUCUCUCCCACCAGAGCUUUUCGAGCAUCCUCUUCCCACCUCGCCUGGCCCGUACUACAUGUAUGCCAACGGGAUUUUCAGUCUCAUGCCCCCUCGCCGCCCGCAAGAGUACAUGGCCCAGCUUCAAAAUUACGAUCAUGAGGCUGAAUUUGAGGCUGAACUUGACGCUGAAGAUGACGCUGAGUAUGACGAGCAAGUGCAGCCUGCUCUUGCCUCGGCACAUGCCCCGGUUCCUGCCCCAGCUCGCGAGGCUAGGACCACCCGGCGUCUGCGUCCUUUAAACUCGUUCAUGGUGUUCCGAAGCUACUAUGCCGCUCUGUUCCCUGGCAUGCCCCAGAAGUUCAAGUCCUCCGCCAUCAGCAACCUGUGGGCCAAGGAGACCUUGAAGCCGAAGUGGGCAAUCCUUGCAAAAGCUUACACCACUAUUCGCGAUGACUACGAGGUGGACACUCCAUCGCUUCCUGAUUUCAUUGAACUCACUGCGCCUUUGAUUGGAGUCCCGGAGCCCGCGGAGUAUCUCCAGAUGAGCGGAUGGAAAAUCGUCAAGUCUGCUGAGGGGUACGAUUUGAUGAAGACUGGUCCUUCGCGCGUCAAGGAAGAGCUUGUGGCGGCGCCUCCUAUCAACAUUGAGGACGUUAUCGAGUUCUGCGAGAGCGUGGACUACUGUGUGCCUAAGGAGCGCACGGCUCCGACGGCUGUUCAAUCUGCCCUGGCUUUGAACCACACCCAGGUUACGAUCCACAAUGGAACCGUGGUCAUCAAUGAGCCGAUCAACUUUUCUCGGGUUGUCAUGGACGAGUGGGAUGUUGAAGAGAUUUACCCAUAUAUCCACCCUGUGAUCGACACCGACAUUCAACCCAACUUCGACCCAGACUUUCUCGACUCGAACUUCAAUAUGGAGUUUGACUUCGAUUUCCCAGAGUUCCUGAACGAGGAGUUUUCGAAUGCGAAUGUUGUUUGA